AUGGCCGAUGUAGAUCGGGAAGGGAGUACGCUGAGAGCUCGUAAAUCUACUAAUGAAAAGCAUGCAGUUGCUUCUACUCGAUCCACUCACAGCAAGCUGAAUGUUUCAAGAUCUGCAGUAUUCAACUUGGUGUUUUUUUCGAUCCUAGUAUUUGCUGUCCCUUUAGUAGUCUUUUUCUAUGGAAUGAAUCAUUGGUUCCAGGAUAAUCCGACACUUGCAGGCAUAGCAGCAGCACUAUCAGCAAAUGCAGUGGUGAUUCUGUUUGUAGUUGUAGCCUUUUCAGAGAGCGAUGAAAGUGACAAGAAUGAUAGUAUCAAUAAUAAAUCUGACAAAUCCAAAUGA